ACCCAACCGCGUAUUGUUGCGCAAAUCUCGGCCUUGCGAGACAUCAUGAGUUGGCAGUCUCUACUUGUAAGAGGCCGUCGUCUCUCAGAUACGCCGCUCUGUGCCAAGAUCGACUCCGCAAUCAACGAUGCCCAACCCACUGACUCGCCCAUCGACGCGUUCAUCAGCAUCUGGCCCAAACUCGAAGGGGACUAUGCUAUGAUGGUAGACGCAUUGAUCAAAUACUGCGAGGACCAAAUGCAUAAGAAAGAAAUCAACUGCGACGUCUCCGGCCGACCAAAACGCCUGGAUUCUAUCCGAAAGUCCGCUGCACGUCGUGAAACGCACCAGAACAAGCGAUACUCAAACGUUGGGGAAAUUUUCAACACUGUCCAUGACCUUGCAGGAAUUCGAAUCGUGGUGGAAAUCCCAUCCAGCAUCAAUACAGUAACCGCAUUCCUUCAGGACACCUUCCACAAGGCUGGCGAACCGUCUCACUUCACGUCUGACCGCAAAAUCAGUGACACUUGGGCUCCUUGGUUCGGAGCUUAUCAGGCAACCAACCAUCGCGUCAAAGUGAAACUCGGCACCGCUGAUGUUCUUUCUCCCUACCAAGAUGUUCUGUUCGAAAUCCAGCUCACCACUCUUUCUGAACAGUUAUACAACAAAGCUGCACAUGAUUGGAUCUACAAGAAAUCACACGGGCCUCUUACUAGCAGGGAUGAGAUAUUGAUCGACAUGCUGCAUGGUGCGGCUCUGAUUUACUCACUUGGCAUGGUGUACCUUCAAGACGGAGAAAAGUCUGUUGACUCAAAACUCAUUGAUGGCAUGAAAGAGGCCUACUCAAAGGACGACCCAGAGACAUUGGUGAAGAUGCUACCGGAUCACCUGAGAUUUGGAGAGCAGAACCAAUCGAUCAGCGACCAGUUCUCCGGCAAGCCGAUUCCAUUCGAACUUGUCACAAAAGCCAUGGAUUCGCCAGCUACCAGAGGGUCUGAAUCCAAUUUAUUGGAAUCGAUCGUCCAGUACAUACAGGCCAGCGCCUUUGACCGCGUCAUGGCAUGGGUUAACGACGCCGAGGGAGAGACCUUCUUUUGGCUACAUAGCCCUGCUGGCACCGGAAAGUCGACAUUGGCUCGGAGUCUUGUGACUAAACUGCUGGCCACGAAGCAACUGGCAGCUGGCUAUUUCUUCCAACGACAAGAUGCGGUUGGAAGUGGUACAUCUCUAUUCUUCCCAACCAUCGCAAGCCAACUCAUGAACACUAUUCCGGAAUUCGACGUCUUCCUUCGAACGUCUUUGAAGGAUGCAAAGAACCCAAAACUGGAAAGCAAACCUCUUGAGGAUCAAUUCAAAAUCCUCAUCCAGGACCCUCUUUCAGCAAUGGAUGGACCGAAAACCACAAGAGUCAUUAUUGUCGAUGCCCUGGAUGAAUGCAAUGCUCCAGAUCACCUUUACCGCCUUCUCAGUUUGUUUUCACGUCUCAACGAUAUCGAUUCUCUCCGGUUGCGCGUUUUCAUCACCAGCAGGCUUGUGUUUUCUAUCCAAAAGACUUUCCAAACUCUCAGCAAGGAAAUGGUUCCGUACUGUAGUCUUGACCUACAUCGAGAAUUCCUGGAAGAAACAAACAAUGGAAUCAAGAUUGUCUUGGAGGCCGGGCUCGCAAAAAUCAAGGUGGAAAACAACAUUAAAACAGACCCUUGGCCGAGUAUCGAAGACUUUGGUCAGAUAUUGAGCCAAGCGACAACUCCCUCACCUCUCUUUAUCUAUGCCAAAACUCUCCUACGUUUCGUUAAUCAAAAAGGGCGGCCACCCAGACGACUUAAGAUGUGGCUUGAGAGGCACCACAGUAAUGCGACUCAACUGGAGGAUUUGUACGCCACGGUUUUUCAGGAUUUGGACCGAGACGAAGAAACUGGAAAGUCUGGAGCACUUCUCAGUGCAGAAAAGCAAGUCCUGUUGCAUGUCUUGGGCGCCAUCGUUCUUGUCGCUAUCCCACUUCCCGCCGCAGCAUUGGCAGUCCUGCUUGACAUUGAGAGGGACGAUGUCGAUGAUCAUGUCAAAAGUCUACACGCGGUGCUGCAUGUUCCCACUACCGACCAGGCUCCGGUUGAAAUCGUUCACAAGUCUUUUGCCGACUUUCUACUCCGAAAUCGACAAAACGAUGCCAACGCUUUUUGGGUCGACGCCCCAGAAACACAUGCAAUGCUUGCAAGAGGAUGCAUCCAGCGCAUGUGUAAAGGACUCUGCAAAAAUAUCUGCAAGCUCGAUCACCCUGGGACGUUGAGGGAUGCUAUCAAACGGGCGACCAUCAACCAAUCCAUACCAGUCGAACUUCGGUAUGCUUGCGUCUAUUGGGUGCACCAUGUGGUUCAUAGCAAAGAGCACAUCGACAAAAUCGACAUCUCUUCAAUUCUUCACGAGCAUUUCCUUCAUUGGCUUGAAGCUUUGUGUCUUUUGGGAAAACUUGAAGACGGGAUCAUAGCGAUUCAAGACCUUCUCGGUGUUAUUCAGUUCACAUCUACAACCAGCCGUCUUGUUGAGUUUUUGAAACACACUGAGCGGUUUGCUCUUGCUCACACACAAAUCAUUGAACGGGCACCUUUGCAGAUAUACGGUUCUGCUCUAGUGUUCACUCCAACAGAGAGCAUGGUCUACCAAAAAUACUGGAAGGAUCAAAAGCUGGCAUGUAUCAAAACCACUCUGGAGGCUCAUGAAAGCGAAAUCACUGCCCUUGCUGUUUCUGGCAAUACAAUAGCGUCGGCGUCGUAUGACUUGCAACUCAAACUGUGGGACUCCAGAACCGGUAUUCAUCGGCAGACAUUUGAGUGUACUGGCCAUCUUCUAGCCAUUGCAUUCAUGUCGGAUGGAAACAAGCUGAUAUCUAUUUCGAUUUUUGGGAAAAUCCAGAUGUGGGACUUGUCGACCGGAAAUGUCACCUUCCUCCACGCGAAUCCAGUCCACGGCCGUAGAAUGGGCUGCGCAGCGUUUUCUCCAGAUUGCAGCCUACUAGCUACGGCCACACUGGACAUUCCUUACAAGGUGGACUGGUGGAAUCUCAAAACGGGGGUGCAUUCCCACACAGUCGACUUGGGCCAAAUCACCCACAUUGCCUAUUCACCGGACGGCUCGGUGGUCGCAUUAUCACGGCUCUAUGGAGGAUCAACAUACCUGCUACAUGCAGCGACAGGUAUUCUUAAAAACGAAUUGAGAUUCGAUGUAUCUGCCUGUGCCGUGGCCUUCUCUCCAGAUAGCAGCAAGCUUGUGAUGCGGAGGUCCUGUUCCAUACAGAUAUUGGAUAUAGCCACAUGUACUCUGCAGUCCACCAUCGAGGACCAAAAAAUCCGUGGUUCUCCACUUCAGUCCUCUUGGAAUGGAGGUAGGCUUAUAUUGGCUGAUGGUCCAAACCUAAUGGUCUGGGACGUGACAACAAUUGCCAAUCAGCCCACAACCGAGAAGGGACGAAUGUGUUAUGCCUUAUCGCAAGAUGCCAAGUAUCUUGCAUUGGCUUUGACCAAUGAUGAGAUAUCUCUUCAAAACCCAAUGACCGGUGCUCAAUAUUGGUCGGCAAAGAUAGCCUUAGUGGAUAAGAUAGCCUUUUCACCGAACGGGAAGAUACUUGCGACAACCUCAAUAUUUAAUAGCAUAAGUCUCCUUGACACAGAAACAAGUGCUGUAAAAUAUCAAUUCGAACUCAACCGACUCGAUCCCCACUGGAACCAUCGAACAAGCACAAUAGCCAUCUCGCCAAAUGGAAAGACACUCGCAGCAGCCACAGUUCGCGGGUCGGUCAAACUCUGGAAUUUAGGAACUGGCGCUCACAUUAGAACAUUUCGUCGCACGGAUUUUAGAAGAACCAUGGUUUUCUCAGACGACGGACAGCACCUCCUCAUGGAUGAUAAGCCAAUGGCUAUAUAUCCGGACUCGGGUGAUGAUCCGAAGCCGCGAGAUCGCCAGAUAUUGGUCAGUGGAUGUUGGAUAACUCGAGAUGGAAAAGCAUUUCUUUGGCUCCCAGAAGAAUACAGGCCCGAGUGCGAGGCGAGUGAUGGCAGUCGCCUUGUUUUGGUAGUAAAUGAUCAUGGGCGAGCUAUUUGCUUUGAUUUUGACCUACCAUUGUUAGAUUCGUCCCCGAUCUAG